UUUCAGGUCAGCAUCAGCUAUCUGUUCCUUCCAUGAUCCCCUUUCUCCUAGCUUGCCCAAACCACGGAAGUCAACACAGAAAUGCAUGGCGACAGGCAGCCGGCGGCGGCGGCGGGCGUAUCCAAGGUGCUGGACGACGACGACCUCCUCAUCAAGAUUUUCCUCCGCGUCGGCUUCCCCACCACCCUCGUCCGCUCCGCCCUCGUCUGCAAGCGCUGGCUAGGGCACGCCUCCGACCGCGCCUUCCUCCGCCGUUUCCGGGAGCUCCACCCGCCCCGCCUCCUCGGCUUCUACAUCGAGGAACUGGGGAUUCGAUCGCCAUCCUUCGUCCCGAUGCUGCCUCAGCCCCCGGAGCUCGCUAACGUCAUCCGGCACGCAAGCUUCGGGCGAGCGCAGGCCAUUACUGCAGCCCUCUCCAAAGAAGACCACGGUGACAUUUCCUACUUCUACUUGUAUGUGGAGUGUACCCUGGGCAAACCAGAAUAUAAGGUGCACAUAUAUGUUCUGCAUAGUGGUUCUUGGAUCCCGCACCAUCUUUUCGUCAUAAACCAACACCCUCAUCCGCUUUCUGAACGAAAUGUUGUGAUUGUCAACAACAAAAUUUAUUUGCCGGCGGGCCUGAGCCAGAUCAUUGUCCUGGAUUUGAUAGAUUCGAGUGUCUCCACAAUUCAGCUUCCACAAGGCGUGGAGCAUGGCAAGAGGGGUACCGCCAUAUUGGCACGUGCUGAUGAUGCUUCCAGUCUAUAUGCCAUCCAUGUUGAGGAGUUUCAACUUCGCAUCUGGCUCCACAAGGUGGACAACUGGUUGCUGGUGGAUGCAAUAUGUAUGCGUGAGAUGUGUGCUAACUUGAGGAUAUCAGGUUGCAUGGAUGAGGAUGAGCACACUGCUCUUCUCAUAAACCAGGUGUGGGACUACUCUGAGUCUGUGUUCUUCAGGAUGGGUCCUUGUGCGCUUCACUUGGAUAUCAAGUCUAGGACAUUGCGUAAAGUGUAUGAAACAAAAGAGGGUCAUUUGGGUAAUGCCCAUCCUUUUAGGAUGAUCUGGCCUCCCACAUUUCCCGCACUCAAGUAUGAUCCUGCAAGGUUUGUCUUUUGGCCUUAG